AACCUUCAUAGAUUAACCGAUAUGUAUGAUAUUUAUUAUGAUUAAAAUAGGGAACCAGUAUCUGAGGUGAUGUUUCUGAGAGUAAAUAUCGUCCAAGAGAUGUUUGUGAUUUCAUCAGACAAGGUGUGAAUGAUGGCGAUUUGGGAUAAAGAGGGUUAAGGUACACAAACAUUAAAAAAUCCGCAGGUGAUUUGCAACCAGGAGAUGCAACAAGAUGAAUAUAUAUCUCUAGAUCUAAGAAAUGUAACCAGAUAACAAAAAAUAACUAAACUACAAAAGGCACGAUGCUUUGAGAACUUGUGGAGACUUACAGGAUGCAAGGAGGAGGAGAUUCCAGGAACUCAACUUAUUAGAUUGUUACCUACUCAACCAGACACGAUCUGGAAACUGAAGUGGUGUGAAGAGUACAAGCCGUCCUAUUCCAUCAACUGUGUAGAUAAUCCUAUUCAACCUGCAUCCAAUUGAAAGACCAUCUUGAUUUAAUUUAGUAUUAGCUGCCUGGUAAACAAUCAAGAUCAGAAGUUGGUGGCUUAAUGGCAAAUCGUUUGCAUAAUUUGUUGACUCGGUGAAGCCCGAUUUGCAGAGCUCUCUCAGGAGAGAGAAUUAAAUGUUCAUUCAAAAGAGUUGGCAAUGGCAUUGUCCUCGAAAACCAUUUCAGAAGAGGACAUCAUAAUUUCUUCCUAAGAAGUAAGACCUCCAAAUUGUCUUUCUCACUGAAAAACAGCAAACCCCCAUGAACUCAAUUGCUGUUUCAUUUACUUUCAUCCAAACCCUAUUAAACAACAGCAUUUGGUGCAAAACCCUAAUACUAAAAACCCCACCUUUGAAAUUACACACAAGAAAUUUCCAAUGUUUCUCUUCUUUAUCAUCUCCAAAACCUUACAUUAAACCCUACAACCAAACCCAAGAAAAAGACUCCAUAAAACAGAAAACCCAAACUCAAAAGCUGACAGAUUUAGUGAAUAAGCUCAACCAAGAGGAAUCAAACCCUCUGCAAAUCCUCAGAGAUGAAGGAGAUUGGAGCAAAGAUGAGUUCUGGACUGUUAUUAGGUUUCUCAAAGAAACCUCUCAGUAUAAUCAAAUUCUUCAGGUGUUUGAAUUAUGGAAGAACAUAGAGAAAACCCGAAUCGAUGAAGUCAAUUAUGAGAAGAUUAUAGUGUUGUUAGGGCAAGCAGGUCUUAUGGAAAAAGCUGUCACUCUUUUGCAAGAAAUGAAGGGUCAUGGUUUUGGUGCAUCUUUGAGAGUUUACAGUUGCAUGAUUCAUGGACUUGCCCGCAGAGGGGACUUCGAAAAUGCGUUAAUCUUUUUGAAGGAGAUGGUGGAAGAAAGUGGUGUGAAACCAGGAGUUGAAACUUAUAAUGGGCUUCUUCAAGCUUAUGGGAAUUAUCGAAUGUAUGAUGAGAUGGGUAAGUGUGUGAAAAGGAUGGAGUCGGAAGGUUGUGUACCUGAGGGUGUUACUUAUAAUUUGCUCAUUGUGGAGUUUGCAAAAGGUGGACUGCUCAAAAGAAUGGAACGAGCUUAUCGAACUAUGCAGUCAAAGCGGCUGGAUUUGAAAGCUUCGACUUUGUUUGCAAUGCUUGAGGCGUAUACAGAUUUGGGAAUGGUAGAGGAGAUGGAGAAGAUAUAUCGCAGGGCUUUGAACACGAGGAUCUCUUUUGGCGAAAGUUUGAUUAGAAAAAUAGCUGGAGUUUACAUUAAAAACUUCAUGUUUUCUCGGUUAGAUGAUUUUGGAAUUGAUAUGGCUUCAAGAUAUGGGAAGAAGGAUCUUAUUUGGUGUCUUCGGCUUCUUUCUCCGGACUGUCUUCUUAGUAAAAAAGGCAUGGAGUCCAUUGUUCGGGAGAUGGAAACAGCUAAAUUUCCAUGGAAUAUAACAACUAUGAAUAUUAUGGCACUCGCGUAUCUGAAGAUGAAAGAUAUGAGGCAGCUGGAUGUACUGCUGUCGCAAGUUCAAGCAAGGGGUGUCAAACCUGAUAUUGUUACUGUGGGAGUUUUAUGUGAUGCUGCUGUAAUCGGCUUUCAUGUGUCUGGGGUUGUUGAUUUAUGGAGGCGGAUGGGCUUCUUAGACAAAAAGGUGGAAAUGAACACUGAUCCAUUGGUUCUAACUGCUUUUGGGAAGGGUUAUUUUCUGAGUAGUUGUGAAGUAAUGUACACUUCUGCAGAACCAGAAGAAAGAGAAAAGAGAUCCUGGACUUAUCGCGAUUUCAUCGACUUGGUAUCCAAACACAAAUCAAUAAAUUCCAGUCAUUAAAAUUAGAGUUAUCAAGAUUUAUUCAAGAUGUUACAGCGAUAGGUUUGGGUUUGAACUGAU